UGACAUUUGAUUUCACCCCAUCGGAUUGGAUAAAUAAUCAGUUUUUGUUUGAGAUGUCUCAGUGUAGCUGUAAAUAUUUAUGUUAAAUAAUUAAUUCUAAAAAUUCUUUGUGAAAUUAUACAUUUAAUAUUAUUAGGACAAGUUAGUGCGUGAGUGUAACAAUGGAAUUGGACGUAAUAAACUGGACUAACAAAGAAGUGUUAGAUUUAUUACAUAAAGACAGAAUAUCUAACUUUAUAACAGAUAUUUGUAAAUCUCAUGACAUAGAUGGCCAGUGCCUGCUGUCCUUCGUGGACAGGGACUUCUACGAGUUUCCAUUUGAUCAGUUGAAGCUUGGCGAAAGAAAGCGAUUUAUCCUGACAGUGAAGAAAUUGCAGAGACAAAAUCGCGGGGCUAUGUGCGAGCUCGGGCUCUGCGACGAGAGCGCGCUGGUGAAUCCUUCAACGAACAUUAAUUUCCUCGGCACGAAUUUGUCGCACCUUAGUUAUAAUCUUCAGCAUAAGCUGCCCAGUGAAUUCUCAUAUGAGAGUAACAAUGAAUGUGUGCCAACCUUUACUCCUGAUGCAAAGGCUUCAAAGUUGAAGCCUGAAAUCUGGAAAACUGCUCUAGCGCUUGGCUAUGUCUUCCUCGUGACGUGGGUGACGGCGGUGGUGAUGGUGAUCGUCCACGACAAGGUGCCGGACAUGAAGAAGUACCCACCUCUGCCGGACCUCUUCCUGGACAACGUGCCGCACAUCCCGUGGGCGUUUGACAUGUGCGAGAUCACCGGCUCGCUGCUCUUGGCUAUCUGGCUUGUUGUCCUGCUCUUCCAUAAACACAGAAUUGGUGCCCACCUGAAGUGCGAGCCGCGCUCCUACCCCCCUGCGGAUGACCUGACGGUGUGGGGCCGCCGGCUCCGCCAGGCUUAUGAUAUCUGGAGCGGCGCUGGCAUGUCCGUCCGGGGUGUCCGGACUUGUGGGGACUAUAUGUUCUCCGGACACACUGUUGCGCUGACUCUGCUGAAUUUCUUCAUCACUGAAUACACAUCGCGCAGCCUGUACCUGCUCCACAUCCUGACGUGGGUGAUGAACAUGUUCGGCAUCUUCUUCAUCCUGGCGGCGCACGAGCACUACUCCAUCGACGUGUUCAUCGCCUUCUACAUCACCUCGCGCCUGUUCCUGUACUACCACACGCUGUCCAACAACCAGGCGCUUAUGAGGAACGACUCUUCAAGAACGAGAAUAUGGUUCCCGCUACUAUCAUUCUUCGAAGCGGAGGUGGACGGUAUCGUGCCGAACGAGUUCGAGGGCCCGGUGACGAUAAUGUCGAACCUGCGAUGCUGGGGCGCGCAGCUGGCGGCCGACGUGCGCGCCUCGGCCGUGGCGCGCCUCGCCGGCUCCAAGCUGCAGGAGGGCGCCGCCAUGGGCGAGUACUCCGUCGUGCGCCUCGUCGACGGCAUCAAGAGGAAUCUCAGCCUCGUCGAGGAGUUCAAGGACUCCCGACAGAGGCUCACUCUAGACAAAAACAUUCAGGCGUGCCUCCUCGAUGAUUCGGACUUAGAUAUGCGACGCAGAAACUUCGCAGAGCUACGCGAAGACGCUCUCAUGAAAGAGUUCAGCAAUCCCCCUUCCCCGUCGAAUAAGAAGAGUAUAUGAGCGCCGGAGGCUAUUUAGACAAUUAUUUCAGCUUUACUAUAGUAAAGUGAAUUAGAUACCUGAAUGUUUUACAUUUCCAUUAGAUUUUAUAACAUGUUAUUCCGUUUAUGUUACGUGUAUACUAUUGAUAAGUUUAACGUAUUAACCUAUAAAUUAUUAUGAUUUUUUUGCUCAAAGUAAAAUAAAGAAUUUAGCUUA